AUGCCUGAAGACCAGAAAGCGCAUCGUUCUCGUCAAAGACCCGUCUCCUGCCGCUUCUGCAGGUCACGGAAGCUGCGCUGCAGUAGAGAAGCCCCAUGCUCAAACUGUGUAUCCCGCGGUGUUCGUUGCGAAUUACAAACCCCCAUUCGGUCUUCGUCCAAGUCUCGCGGUGCUUCCGAGCCCGAGCUCCUUGAACGAAUUCGUAAAUUGGAGGAUGUCGUAAAGAGCCAGGAAGCACGGCGAAACGCAAGCAUAGAGCGGCAGUCCGACAACUCUGAUAUUCAUCUACAACAAGAACACCCUUCAAAUUCAUCGCCUCUGAUUGAGCACCUCGAUGAUGAUGUUGCUUGGCUUCGGAGCAUCUGCAAUGUGCAAGACUUCUCGGAUAAAACACCCUCGAACAAAAUCGUGUUCAGGGUUUGUCCAAUACAGCAGAUUAUACAAGGCCAGCAAUCAUACAUUAAUCAAGAUCCGUUCCCUUCCUCUACACGUGUUGAACCCUUGAGAUGUGUCUGGCUGCCACAAUACGCGGAGGCCAAAAUACUCCUCGAGAAAUACCUCGAGGACCCUGACCAUGUCCAUCAUAUCGCUCAUAGUCCCUCACUUCCCGCUGUUCUCGACAACAUAUAUGAAUGUUUGAGCUAG